UUGGAGUAGUAUGUUGAUAAACAUUACGUCAAAGUAUUAAAUCAUCUGAAAGUGAAUUUUCUGCUCCAAAAAAAUAGAUUUAAAGCCACCACAAUGAAAACAAUAGCUAUGGAUCCCUGGAAUUCUGAAAGUUUUCCGGUUGAAGAGAAUAAAAUUACUGAGUUUGAAGAUUCAUUUGUAGCUGAGGAAGCAAUGAUUGACUCAACGAGGUUAUCUGAUUCUGAACAGUAUCUAGAAAAGCUUUAUACUCGAUUGAAGAAUGUUCAAGGUGGAAAAUCAAAAAAAGAUCUAGUGGAUUCUCUAUCACAAAUAAAAGAAGAUUCUUUGGCAAGAUUUAUAAGUACAGGAGGAAGAUUAGCAACUGAAGAGGAAGCAGCUCUUGCUGCAAAUCCAUUGAUAAGACACAUAACGCCACAUUUACAAGCAUUGACAUCCAGUGAAUUGGUACAUCUGUUGAAAGCUGAUGUUCUCCAAGUGGUGACUGAUGAACAGAAUGCACCAACUUCAGAAGAAUCAGAAGUAUCAGAGACAUCACAUUAAUAUUUGUGAAAUUAUGAUUUUCUUUGUAAACAAAUUUGAAGUAUAUUUUAUUUGUAAAUAA